AUGACUAAUUCAAAAAAUGAUCAAAACAAGGAGAAAAGUGACAGGAAUUCGAACCGAAGUCCUCCUCGAAAUGAGAGAAUUCAAAAGAAAGUUGAAAAAGAGGAAAUGACACUAGAUGUGACUCAAGAAAUGUCUGAAAAAUCAUCACAAAACUUCCAAAUUGAUAAAGAAAAAGGAAGUGAACAACACCAGAAUAAGAUCAUUUUAUCGGGUUACUCGACGAGGAGAGUCAGAUAUAAAAAGAGUGAACCAGAUGAGAAAUCAGUGAAUAUCGAUGCGGAUCUGGUGAGAAACAAUGAUAAAACAUUGAGAGAUGAGGACUGGUUUCUUGAGAAAAUUGAAAAGUGCAAGUGA